GCUAGCCAAGCUAGCGCCGCAGCCCACGCCCUAAGUGCCGCGCAGCCCUAGCCCGCAGCAGUGCUGCAGCAGUCCACGAUGAGGCCCUCGAUCCUCGUCCUGGCCUGCGUCCUGGCCGCGGCCUCCGCCCAGCCCCAGAGGCCUGCCCAGCCCCAGGGCGAGCCCAUCGCCAUCGUCAACCUGCAGAGCGAAGUGAACCUCGACGGCACCUUCUCCUACACGUACGAGUCGGCCAACGGCAUCAAGGCGGAGGCGCAGGGCAGGCCUGGCCAGGGCCCCCCCGGCGAGGAGGGCGAGUCGGUGCAGGGCUCCUUCUCGUACGUCGGCGACGACGGCCAGACCUACUCCGUCACCUACACGGCCGACGAGAACGGCUUUGUGCCUGCCGGCGCCCACCUGCCCACGCCGCCGCCCAUCCCGGAGGCCAUCCAGCGCGCGCUCGAGUUCAACGAGAAGAACCCCGAACCGGAGGAGGGCGGCCCCCCGCGCAAGGGCCGCUAGGUCCGCUAGUCGGGACGCGGCGCGCUAGUCACCGAGGCGUUGCGUUGUACAGGCUGUAAAUAAAAAACGUAAAUGGAAA